UUAAUUUAAUUUCCAUCAUGUAUAUCAAUUAUACCAAAUAUAUGUGUCAUGCACGGAUUGCACGAAAAUCAACAUUAUUUGGGAAUUGCUCACAUUCUUGUUUUGUUUCCUGAAUAGAGAAAUAUACCUUUUUCCAUUAUUCAUAAUAUAUUUGCUUGAAAACUUGAGUCAAAAUUAUCUUUCGAUAAUUUAUAAUCAUAACCAAUUAUCAGGUCUCAGUCUGUAUUUACUAAUUUCCAUUAAUUUCCAUUCAUUGUUUUUGCUCAUACACAGAUUUGUACAUAGUGUGAAGCUUUUAUUCUUUGUUUAGAAGACAUUUCAUUUGUUCAUUGUUUUAGAGAAAAUUAUGGUGUGAACAUUUACAAAAGCUGCGAAAAAUUUGUAGUUUUCAUAUGUGAUAUGUAUGCUAAGAAUACUUAACUCUACUCACGUAGGUUGUGCAGAAUUAGAGGAGCAACGUUAUGAAUAAGGGCCUAGGAAAGUUUUUUUUACCGGGGGUGCUGAUGUAGAUUUUAAAAGCAAAAAAAGUUUCAAUUUAAAAUGGAGGGUAUUUUGGUUUCCACUGAGAAAGUUGAAAUCCUCCCCACCCCCAAAAAGGGGGAUUUCACCACAAAAUAUAGGUCAUUUGUUACAUUUCGCCAUGUUUUAAUUUGGGAUGCUUCAGCCCCUCCAACACACCUGCUUACCAGGGCCAUGACUAAAAUAACACAUAAUUAAGAUCAAUCAAUAUUUAGUGAUGGUUUACUAAUUAAACAGUUAUAUAUGUGCAGGGACACGAACAAUUCCCUGGUUUGUGUAAAAAAAGACUUAAACUUCCUUCAGGGAGUGGUCUGUCAAUGUGAGCGGAAUAUUAUAUAUUUAUUAUUAAUACACAUAUAUGUAUGUAUAUUGAAUAUGUGAACGUUAUUUUCGAUUGCUUCGAUAUUCAAGUAAUAUAUUGUCAGAUUGUAUGUAAUGUUUGAGGUUGCGGAUUAAAGAAUUUGUAAACUAGUACAUAGUCUUUACUCAAAUUGGUUACGAUAAAGGGAUCUCGAAAUAUUCCAAUCUGAAAAGGUAUACUUUUAUUUGUUGUUCUUUAAAUAUAUAUAGGAUGAGGUAAAAUAAGCAUUCUAAUUGCUUGCAAAUUAUAUAUUAUAUAUAUUGCAAACGAGUAUACCAUGCAAACGUCAAAACAAGAUUUUCUCUCGCUUACAUUGUAUUUAGAAAUAUACGGAAACUAUUUUGUAAAUACAUUCUUGAUGUGACGUGCAUGAAUUUCGUGCAGAAUAAUAUUAUUUGAAAAUGAUAAUAUAACAGUAAUAAUAAUAUAUUUGAUUUUUAAUGCGCCAAAUCCACUCGGCAGAGUUUUGUAUAUUGCCAAUAAAAGGAUUGCUUAUAAAGUUUAUUCAAAAUCUAUCUUUGAAUGAUCAUAAAACCUGAGCGCGUUCUAAUCUCAAAAUAUUUUUUGCUUCCAUUUUAUUUUUUUCGUCAUGCUCAGAUGUGUACAUACUAAAUAGUGCGAAUCUUUGAUUUUGAAGAAAAUUGAUACUAGUGUCUUUUUUAGAUGAUAUGAAAGUGUAAACAUUCACAAGACCUGCGAAAAUUUAUUUAUACAGGAACUUAGCUGUAAAUACAUACGAUGGCGCUCUCGUAACAAGAACAGCAAAUUAUCCGUCUCUCCUGAUUUUCACAUUGUUUUGAGGUCUAAAUUGCAGUUAUAUGCAGGAUUACCAACCAAGGACAACUACAUAACGUUCCUAAUCUUAUAUUGGAUAAGAUGUCUUACGACCUAAGAAAAUCUCAGAAGGGAAAGCAUACAAAAACCACUGGAUCUGUACCAACGAAAAGGCCAAACCCGUUCUCGCACAACAUGUACAAAGCUCUACCGGAUCAGCUUACCCCCAGCCAGAGACCUGGGGAGCCAAGCCAGGUAAGCAGCCCUGCCAACACAUCCGUGAUUACACCUGUUAACGGAACUAACACCUCUACGCCUGACCGCACAUUCCAAGAUCAAGACUUCGAACAAUCUAAAUUGGAUUUAUUCCUAACAAAGAAAUUCGAAGCUAUGCUUGAAAGGGCUGUUGAUCGGCUUGCUAAGAAGAUUGAAGCUGUUGAGUCACUUCUAGGGGAUUCCCUGGAGUUCGAGCGACAAAGGGUCAAUGACCUUCAGGUCAAACAAAAUCAUCUAGAGACCAGGAUCAAGAACUUGGAAGAAGAAGUGGCAAAGAACGGAGCCGCUACUAACAAAUCGGAACGAUUCUCCAGGAGAAAUAACAUUCGUCUGGUUGGGAUCGACGAGUAUCAGCAACCAACAUCUCUUCCCGCCGAUAGCGCAUCUUCAUCCGAUAGUUCAUCAGCUUCUGAACCUCACCAGGAAGAUUGUAUCACGCUAGCCGAAGACAAACUACGAUCUUUCUUUGGUAUUACGUCGAAGGUUGAACGAGCUCAUCGUGACGGUAGGAAAACCAACGGAAGACCUCGUCACAUUCUUGUGAAGCUUUUGUCAUAUCGCGAUAAAGUUGAUGUAAUGAAAAGAGCUCGCUCCGUUCUGAAAAACCAGAGUUUCUUCAUCAUCGAUGACCUUACCAGCGCUGACCUCCAGGAAAAACGUAAAUGGUCCAAACAGGUCCAGGCCCUUUACGCCCAAGGAACCAAAUUGCGUUUUUAUGCAGGAAAAUGGCGACUCCGUGGAGGUGACCCUUUCAAUUUCGAGUCUUCAUCCGACGACACCUCUCGCAUCACAACCAUUGGUCACGCUGGAGUAGUGUUCUAAUUUUCUCAACCCGCUGUAUGAACCAAGGUCAGUUUCAAUCUCCCUGUGACGGCAACGUUCCUUCUUCUUUUUUGCAAAUAUACAUAAAGAGAUUAACGUUUUCACCUUCGUUUUUUCCUUUUUUUUAUCGCUAUUCAUUUCGAUAAUGAAAUAUCAUCCUUCUCAAGUAAUUAAUUUUAGUCUCCGAAUCAUCUGAAGACCUGUGGUUUUGAUUUUUCGUGGGAUGUUUACAACUUGGUCACUGAGAUCUCGGACUAUUAUCAUGAUUAUACAAUUAUUAUCAAUAACUUCCUCGAUCGUUCUUAAGACGGCAUGAUUGAAUUUUAUCUUUUCGCAUGAUUCAUGUGUUUUCGCAUUCAUGAUUUUCCUCCAGGUCAAUUAAGCCUCAAGUACUUUUUUUUGCAACAAUGAUGUCGACUCCUUGAGAGAAAAUUUGAUGUUCAUUUUUAUUUUGAUUCAACUAUAAUUAUGUCGAGAAGAAAUAACUCGAUGUUCGUUAUAAUUUUGCUAUGACAAUAUGCAUCUCCUCGAUCUGGAUAUCAAUGUUAUUAUUCGUAUAAAUGGUAAAAAGGGGAAACUGCUUUUUUAUACUUCACUCUCUAUAACAUCUAAGUGCUGUUAGUGGAUAUUUCAAUUAAAGAAGGCCUACCAUGUACUAAAUCAUUCUUAUCUCGCCUAUAUACGAUCUAUUUAAUUGGCACCCUUUCACCCAUAGGCUCUACUUUUAUAUUUCCCAACAUUGAUCCGUUUUUUAUGCAUCUAGAUACCUUAUUCGUUUGCAUGUUGUGUGUUCACCUAGCUUUAGGUUCAAGCCUGAGGCAAACCAUAAAUUUAUAAAUCGAAAUCAUAACUGAAUCGCACAAAAAUCUCGUUCAUCAAAAGUAGAUUAUUAAUAUGAUUCAUGUAUAAAUCACUUACACGGAUGUUUGUGUGAGUGUGCUUAUAAGUCCUAGUAUGCACCAAUUCUAAACAAUCUAGCUACACUACUUUAGUCUUAUUAAGCAGUUAAGGGUGGAUGCAGGAUCUUACACACUCUGAUUUACCGGCCAUCAAUCAUUUGUAUUCAUUUAAUGUAGAAUCGUUAUCCCACAUGAUGUUGGCAUCUGUUUUUUGUUUGUUCUUUUUGUAAUAUGUGCAAUAUAAUCACUUAUAUACACUGGUUUUAUUGUUUUCCUUUCUCGUACGUUCAUGAUUUUCUUAAAAUGAGUCGAUUAGAAACCACAUGCGCUUUAGCACCGUGUUUACAAAAGACAUUGACACGAUAGAGGCAUUUACUUUAUUGUAUCAUAAUUUCUCACAACUUGAAAAGUCUCCCUACCAAAUUUGAAAAAUCACAAUGUUGAAGCUUACAGGGUAUGAUUGUCUCUUUUUCAUGUUCAUCCAAUCAAAGUGUCAACGAGAUCCAAUAUAUAAAAAGAGUUUACUUUCUGAUUGAUAUCAAUUGCCAUCUAUUUUGAACAGAAUCACGCAUCUCCUUUUCACGUUGGUCAUCAGUAUUUGAUUUAUGUUCUAUUGGUACAGUUUUCCCCACUUCGAACAUGCUGCUUUGUAAUUUCUCUUCCCCGUAAUAAUAUAUCUGAAUUGAUCAGUAGCAAAUAGCUAUUUGCUAUAUACUACGUUUUAUUUUCCUAAAAUCAUACUCAAUUUCAGUAAAAUCAAACUCAUGGCUACGCGCCUCUUGUUACUUCUAUCAAGACACCUAUACUGUUUUAUCGCCCAAGGUGUGCUUGACGUUAAGCUUGAUGUUCAUCCAAUUUCAAGUUUUAUCAGGAACAAAAUUUUCAAAUUUGUUAUAUAAGGUUAAUACGACUAAUUGAAGUACACUUCAUUGCUAAUUUGCUUACUACUCCUUGAUACGGAUAACACAUUUUGCAGAUGUCUCAUUUUGUAUUCAUUACGCUCCAGCAAACUUGACAAUAUAGGCUACAUCAGAAAUUGAACUUUACUUAAUUAAGCGUGCUUGGAGCGCGAAGCCUUAUCAUUGGCUUGCUAAUGACCUCCUUUUCUCUUUUGUUUGGAAAUGACUCAUUAAAGGGUUAAAUGCAGUGAAUUGUUAUUUUAUUUGUCAAUUCAAUAUCAGUGACGAAGGGAAACUCCCUGGUAUAUUUUGGACAUAUCGAAUUUACCGCGUAGAGGCUCCCUGCAUCGCGCCGGUUCCUUGGGGUGCAGUUCGGGUCGCGGUGGGGAGCUGUGAGGCUUUUGCCGGGGGUUGGUGGACCGGGACAGCACCGGAAUCUCCAAUUCUGGGUGGCGACAUGUUUGCGUCUGUUCGUGUGGUGCAAAUAUUCGAAUUUUCUGCUGUCCCGGUCCGCCGGCUUUCGGCGGGAGCCUUGGGGCUCUCCGCUGCGACUCUGGCUGCAUUUUCAGAAGAAUCGGUGCGUUAAUGAGUUUCGCCAGCGUCCCUGCAGUGAAUUUGAGAACUACCUAGCUCUCGCAUCGUAAACACAAUCUUUAAUCAUUGCAAUGUUUUGGGUCUUUUUAAUAUUUUGCCUCUUGUUUUUUCCCUGAGAACCACUUACCACUGACGUAUAUUUACGCAAUGAUUUUUUGUAUGUAUAUUCAUAUGAUCGAUCUUUCUUAUUCUACAUAUCACACAGGCUUAAAUCCAGCUUCCUGCUUUUUUUUUUUUAAUUACUAUUUUUUUUAAAUUACUAUUUAGCUCUCUCCAUUUGAUAUGACCUCGUGUGUUAUUUUUGAUAGAUUUCAUCACGCUUCAGGAGAGACGGACACAGUAUGAUUAUUUUUUUUUCUGUCCUUGCCUUAGUUUGCUUACUUACGUUCUUGUUGAUAUUUGUUGCUUGUUUGUUUACAUUUGGCCUAUUUUAAGUUAUUCACUAAGGAUCAGUCAAGUUUGCUUUGUUUUCAUUUUUGUCCUGUUUUUCAUCACCUUUAUUUCCAACCCCCCCCCCCUCCAAACUUUGCACUGCACAAGGUCAUUAUAUAUCUUACACUAGUGUUCAAUUCCCCUGCUUUAUUUUUGUUCUUUCUUCUUUUACUCCUCUUUUAUUGCCUUUUCACUGACACACAUUUUUUUCUUCUCCUCUUCUACACAUACUCGGGAACAGGCACAUAGCACAGUGUAUUGCUUCCUUUAGGUUUCGUUUAACCACCAUCUCCCCUGCUAAUGACGGAUUUUUCUAGGUUUCCAUUUAGCUCUCUAAAUAACGAUGACUUGUUGUCUCUCUCGGCGCAACAUGGCGUUACUCGCACACUAGAUAAUCAUGAUAACUCCAACUAUGAUGCACAUAUACAGAAUUUUAUGGACAAUAAUACAUCCGAUCUUAAUUACAAUUUGGAUGCAAAUGAUCACUUCGGACAGCUCACUACAUCACAUUAUUUCACAGAACAACAUUUCAAAUCAUACAUUACAUCAGAUAACACUGGCGAAAGUUUUUUUCUUCUCCAUUUCAAUAUCAGAAGUGCCAGUAAAAACUUUGAUAAACUUAGACUAUUUCUAGAUAAAAACCGGUUUCCGAAAUCUUCAUUUAUUGGUUUAACCGAAACAUGGUUCUCUGAUAAUCCAUGUUCCCUCUUCACACUCCCUGAUUUUGAUUUGAUUGUUAACAAUAGAACGCUAAGACCUGGGGGUGGUGUAGCUCUUUACAUACCGCAACAAUACGACCAUACUCUUAUAGCUAACAUGACCAUAUCUAACGACGUUCUAGAAACCUUAUUUGUUGAAGUCACAAACCCCAAAGGUAAAAACUUAGUACUUGGUGUUUUUUAUAGACCCCCUCAAUCUAAUAUAAAUACUUUUUUAGAAUCUCUUAAUGAAAUUUUAUCAAAUCCUGUUUUGAAAAAUAAAGAUUGCUUUUUUAUGGGUGACUUUAAUAUUAACUUAGUACAUUGUAAUUCAAACAGCACCUCACAUGAGUUUCUUGAAAUGUUUCUUUCAUAUUCUUUUUUACCGCUUAUCACUAAACCGACAAGAGUGACAGAUAACUCGGCCACUUUAAUUGAUAACAUUUUUAGUAAUAUAACUCAACAAAUUCCCAAAGCCGGUAUUAUCCUUAGUGACAUUACUGAUCACUUUCCAAUUUUUGCUAAAUUAUCUACAAAUAAAAUUAUCAUGAAAGAAGCAUUCAAUACUCCAUUUCGAAAGAUAACUGAUGACAACAUAAACAAUCUAGUUAAUAAUUUAAAUACAACAGACUGGUCAACUGUUUUUGAAUCCACAGACGUUGAUGACGCAUAUAACUUUUUCAUUUCCAAAUUAAACUCUUCUCUAGAUACUCACGUUCCUUUUACCACUAACAGAAAAUCAAAUUAUAAAAAGGUUCCACUCCACCCUUGGAUUACUAAAUCACUUUUGAGAUCAAUCAACCGAAAGAACAACCUUUACUAUAAAUACAUAACUAAACAAAGUAACGAAUCUCGCUUUAAAUAUACUUCAUACAAAAACACACUCACUACUUUAUUACGCAUUGCAAAAAGAGAAUAUUAUACCUCCCAACUCAAUUUGUUCAAAAACGAUAUGAGGAACACAUGGAAAAUCAUUAAUGGAGCAUUAAACAAAAACAAAAAAAGUACUUCUAUAACAAAAAUAAAAGUAAACAAUACAACUACCGACGACAACAUCUCAAUAGCACAAGAAUUUAAUUCAUAUUUUUCAAACAUUGGCAACAAUCUGGCAAGCAAAGUCCCUCAAACUCAUAAAUCUUUCAACAGUUUUCUUGACAACCCAAAUCCAAACUCUAUAUUUUUUAAUCCUACGAACACAAGAGAAAUUAUUAAUAUUGUUAAUAAUCUACAGACCAAGAAGAGCCCAGGUUUCGAUGGUAUUCCUAACUUCCUACUUAAGAAAAUUAUGUUAACUAUCGUCGAUCCUCUGGUCCACAUAUUUAAUGUUUCUAUGAACACAGGGAAGGUACCUAACCUAAUGAAAAUAGCCAAAGUCAUCCCCCUUUACAAAAAAGGUGAUAAUCAACUUGUUUCUAAUUACCGUCCUAUUUCAUUGCUCACUUCGUUAUCUAAAAUUCUCGAAAAACUUAUACAUACUCGUACAAUUACGUUCUUUAAUAAAUUCAAUACUUUUUCGAACUCGCAAUUUGGUUUCCGCGAAAAUCAUAGCACCUCGCAUGCAAUUUUGACUUUUAUUAAUAAAAUUACUUCUUCCAUAGAUAUAGGUUGUCAUACUGUUGGUAUUUUCCUGGACUUCUCCAAGGCCUUCGAUACCAUUAACCACGAUAUACUUCUUCAUAAACUUUCUUUUUAUGGUAUCAGGGGGAAGGCCUUGGAGUGGUUCAAGAGCUACCUAACAGACAGGUCUCAAUUUGUGUCAGUCAACAACGUUGUUUCUUCUACUCUUCCUAUUACAUGUGGAGUACCACAGGGUAGUUUACUUGGUCCUCUUCUUUUUAUUACAUAUAUUAAUGACAUUAAAAAAAGUUCAAAUUUACUAACAUUUGUAUUGUUUGCUGACGAUUCGAACAUUUUCUUUUCUCAUGAUAACGUAAACCAACUUGUAAGAAUUGUAAACUCAGAACUUAUACAUGUCACUGACUGGAUUAAGGCGAAUAAACUAUCACUUAACUUACAAAAGACGAAUUUUAUGCUUUUUAGUAACAGAAUAAAUACAAUACCUGAUAACAUAAUUUUUGAUAAUACUGUUCUUGAAAAUGUUUCAGAGACAAGAUUUUUGGGGGUUACUAUUGAUAAUAAGCUAUCAUGGAAACCACACAUCAAUAAUAUAUGCAAAACAAUUUCAAGAAACAUCGGAAUUAUCAACAAACUCAAAUAUUUUCUCCCAUCUCACACUUUACUUACACUGUAUCAUACAUUAAUAUUACCAUACAUUAAUUAUGGCAUUUUGGCAUGGGGUUGUGCGAUCCAAGCACAAUUACAAAGAAUACUGUUGCUGCAGAAGAAGGCUCUUAGAAUAAUUUUUCAAACCCAAUUCAGAUCACACACAGAUAUACUAUUCUUCCAAAAUAAUAUUCUUAAAGUGAGUGAUUUAUAUCUUUUCCAACUCGCCCAAUUUAUGUAUAAACUAAACAAAGAUGAUAUCCCAACAAUUUUUUCAAAUAUGUUCUGUAAAAACUCCUCUAUACACGAUUACCCAACGAGACAACGUAAUUGUUAUCACCUACCCCCUACCCGUACUAUAUUAGCGAAAAACUCUUUUACCUUUUUUGGACCUGUGUAUUGGAAUUCCCUGCCCAACGACUUUAAAGAAUCUACAAACCUUAAUAUUUUUAAACGCAAACUUAAAAAGAUGCUCAUUUGUCAAUACUCCACACCAACAAGUCAAGCUAACACAUAACCUAAACUAAAACUACAUAAUGACUUAACCUUUAACUGCCAAUAAAUUUGUCAAACUUUACUUAUAAAAAAAAACGACACUACAACACGAUACAAUACAUUACGACCUGUGCACCUGCCAUGUUCCUCCUUUCAUUUGCACUUUUUAUUUGCACCUCCCUUAUCUCCCUCUUUCUUUCCUUUGCCACUUUUCCCUCCCUAUUAUGAUUUUGUAAGUACUUUUUUUGUGUGUGUUACCACUGUAAUUAUUAUUAUUUGAAUUACUUUCUCUUAUUUUUGUUGUCGCUUAUUCGUUUUAUUUUGAUAUUUGUGGAUUACUUGUUUUAAGUUUGUCUUCUGUGUCCGUCUCGAUUUUUGUAUAGAGUUGUAUAUAUAGUUUGUUUAUAAUUAGUAUUGAAACUAAGUUUAGGGGCUUGCCUUCUCUACAAGCUUUUGCUUUUCUUGGCAAGUCCCUCCGUUCAUUUCUUGUUUCUUUUUAUUGAUAAUAUUACUGCAACAAAUUGUAGUUUUGUUUAAUUUAUAUUCAACAUUUGUUACGAAAUUUCAUUGAUUUGUCUGUAUUAUCGAUUAUAUUGAAUAUGUAUUGUUACUUUGAUUAUAUUUUGAAAAAAUUGUUGAACGGAAAUAAAAUCUAAAUCUAAAUCUAAAUCUACAUUUUCGAAUCAAGAUUUCGCUGAAAAUUCAUUUAAUUUCCAUCAUGUAUAUCAAAUACAUCAAAUAGAUGUGUAAUGCACGGAUUGCACUAAAAUUAAAAUUGUUUGAGAAUUGCUUACUAUCUUGCUAUGUUUACUAAAUUGAGAAAAGUAUCUUUUUCAGUUAUUAAUAAUAAAUAUAAGUUGCUUGAAAAUCUUAUUCAAUAUCAUCUUUCAAUAAUUAUUCAUCUUAAGCAAUCAUCAGGUUCCAGUCUGUAUUUGCUCAUUUCCAUUAAUUUUUUUUUCAUACGCAGAUUUGUACAUAGUGUGAAGCUUUCAUUCUUUAUUUAGAAGACAUUUUAUUUCCUCAUCAUUUUAGUCGAAAAUAAGGUGUGAACAUUUGCAAAAGCAGAGAAAAAUUACUUAACACCUAUCUAGUAGGGUGUGUAAAGUAGAUGAAUACUUUAUCCUUUACUAACGGACAACAAUCUAGUACUGUUACAUACAUAACUAGUUAUUAACAUUAAUUAAUAAUUAGUGAUGAUUUAUUCAUUAAACAGUUAUGUCUGUGCAGGGACAUGAAAAUUUCCCUGGGUGUGUUGUGUAAAAAAAGGACUUAAACUUCCUCGGUAGGGAGUGGUCUGUCACCGUGAGCGGAAUGUCAUAUGGUUUAUAUAUUUACCGAUACUUUAUAUUUUCUGCUAUUUUCACAUACAGUUUUCCAUAAUUUUAGUGGAAGCUGUUCUGAAAAGGUGAUUUAUUACAACUAUCUUAUCAGUCUAACAGAAGCCAUGAUUGCCUUGCAUAUGACGAGCUUGGUUCCCAAAGGGGCUAAAUUCUCUUUUGACCAAAAUUGAUUUUUUUUAUACAAAUAUAUAUUUAUUUUAGGUUAUACUUUGUAAUUCCGAAGGUUCUUUAUUCCGAAGGUUCGUAAUUCCGAAACACGUAAAUUGCCUAUAUAUCGAUGUCCGUUAAUCCGAAAACGCAAAAGGGUUUGUUAAUCCGAACAUUUGUGGCGUUAUUCCGAAGGUUCCUUAUUCCGAAGGUUCGAUAAUCCGGAAACGAAAUAAGG